UAACUUAACAAAGACGGAUCACCGGAACUGUCCAUCAUCUCCUUCCCAUCUCAAAGUGUCUCGAAGAGUGUCGAAGUACAGGAGAAAGCUCUCCGUUUCAUGGGGGAGGAGCGGAUACAGAUCCCUUGUCUCUUGGGAGAGCACACCAAAUCCAUUCCCCCUUGCCCGAAGCUGCUUUCAUCUCCCCGUGCGCUUUUCCGUGCACCGAUUCCCAUGAAUACUCUUCCAUUCGGAUGUCCCCGCGGCCACAAUACUCUCCCUUCUCUUCUUUAUAUAGUGACCUGUUGCUCCUCCUGUUGCUGGAUUUGGCAUUCCGAACCGUACCGAGUUUUCUUGUUUGCUCGUUACCCCGAUCGCCACCCUUUCAACGGGGACGAGAGACACGAUGACGAGGAAAUGUGGGGUUUUGCAAAGGGCGGCUCUGUGGUUCCGCCUCGCACUCCUCCUCCUUUCUGCUGUUGGUUAUGCCGCGGCCGCCGGCGGGUGCUCGUCCGUGGCCUUCCCCUCGAACCGCCUCUACGCCGCCUGCAGCGACCUCCCUCGCCACUCCUCCUCGAUCCACUGGUCCUACGACUCCGCCGCCGCUACCCUCUCCUUCGCGUUCGUCGCGCCGCCCGCGAAACCGGAAGGGUGGGUGUCGUGGGCGAUCAACCCCACCGCCGACGGCAUGUUGGGGUCCCAGGCCCUGAUCGCUUUCCACCAACCCGACGGGUCGAUGGGGGUGCGUACCUACAACAUCACCGGGUACGCGUCCAUCGCGGAGGGGCCGAUCGACUUCAAUGCGUCGAAUCUGGCGGCGGAGUACUCCGGCGGGGCGAUGCGGCUCUACGGGAAGCUGAAGCUGCCGGCAGGGAUGACGGUGGUGAAGCAGGUGUGGCAGGUGGGGUCGUCGGUGGCGGACGGCGUCCCCCAAAAGCACGGCUUCCAGCCGGAUAAUUUGCAGUCCAAGGGGACGCUGGAUCUCAUCAAGGGAGCCAUCUCCCCAUCCGGAGGUUCCACUAACGUUAAAAAGAACGUACAUGGAGUUCUGAAUGCUGUGAGUUGGGGGAUUAUGCUUCCAAUCGGUGCAAUCAUUGCCAGAUAUCUGAAAACAUUCAAAUCUGCAGACCCUGCAUGGUUUUAUCUCCAUGUAACGUGCCAGAUUGUUGGCUAUGGCGUUGGAGUUGGUGGCUGGGCUAUUGGUCUCAAUCUUGGAAGCAAAUCUAAGGGAAUUCAGUAUACCACUCACCGCAACAUUGGCAUAAUACUUUUCUGUCUUGGCACCUUACAGGUCUUUGCACUGUUUCUGAGGCCGAGCAAGGAUCACAAGUAUAGAUUUAUUUGGAACAUCUAUCAUUACUUGGUGGGAUACACCGUCAUCGUCUUGGGCAUUGUCAACGUCUUCAAAGGCCUGGAGAUAUUGAGCGUCGAUCAUAAAUGGACGAUGGGAUACAUCAUUGCAGUUGCCAUUCUUGGUGGCAUUGCCUUGUUCUUGGAGGUCGUCACUUGGUCCGUCAUUCUCAAGAGGAAGGAUGCUAGAUCCGGUUCUAAUGGUGUGUAGCAUCCACUCUCUGUUGCUUGAUUCAUUUUGUCCUCUCCUCUGUUGUAGAUUAUUAUGUCCGCUGAUUGUACAGUAUUUUGGCAUUUAUAUUUUCAUUUGGGAGGAAUAAUUGUUCAAAACAA